UUCUUCUCCUCAUCCAAACUUUAAUUCCAACUUCAACUUCCAGCUAUGGCUUCUUCCUUUGUUUUCUCAACCACUCUCUUACUCUCUCUACUCUUCGCCUCUUUCUUCAUUUCAUCCUCUGCUGCUAAUUUCUACCAAUCAACUGACAUUACUUGGGGAGAUGGCCGCGCUCAGAUUCUCAACAAUGGCGACCUUCUUACUCUUUCCCUCGACAAAGCUUCCGGCUCUGGCUUUCAGUCCAGAAAUCAGUAUUUGUACGGCAAAAUCGAUAUGCAAAUCAAGCUCGUUCCUGGAAACUCUGCCGGCACUGUCACUGCCUAUUACUUGCGCUCAGAAGGGUCAGCCUGGGAUGAAAUCGACUUCGAGUUUUUGGGUAAUCUCAGCGGCCAUCCUUACACUGUUCACACCAAUGUCUUCAGCCAAGGAAAAGGAAACAGAGAGCAACAGUUCCAUCUCUGGUUCGACCCAACUGCCGAUUUCCACACCUAUUCAAUUCUCUGGAAUCCCCAGCGCAUUGUCUUCUACGUGGACGGAACACCCAUCAGAGAGUUCAAGAACAAGGAAUCAAUCGGCGUUGCAUUCCCGAAAAAUCAACCGAUGAGGCUUCAAUCCAGUCUAUGGAACGCCGAUGACUGGGCAACCAGAGGUGGGUUAGUGAAGACCGAUUGGACUCAAGCUCCGUUCACCGCAGCUUACAGAAACUUCAAUGAAAACGCCUGCAUUUGGUCAUCGGGACAGUCUUCUUGUGGGUCGAAUUCCUCGCCGGCCGCCGACGACAAGUCGUGGUAUUCUCAGGAGCUGGAUUCCGACAGCCAAGGAAAGCUGAAAUGGGUUCAAGACAACUACAUGAUCUACAAUUACUGCACUGAUAUUAACCGAUUUCCUCAGGGCCUGCCUCCUGAAUGCAAUGCCACUGCCUAAAUUUGAUUUCUUUUCAUUUAUUAUUCUUUUGUUAUUGCUUUGUAGAAUAAUUCCCACUUUUUCUACCUUUUCUUUUUCUUGUCCUAUAUUCAUUUCUAUUGUAUUUAUUUAUAUAUAUACACACCACUUUUGAAUGUUAAGCGUAUUAUUUAUCAAAUAAUUCAUGGAGAGGAUU